AUGCUAACGCUCCCAUUCUUUUAUAGUGAUCCUCCCUCUUCCUGCUCCGCUGGACCUCUAGGUGAAGACCUGUUCCACUGGCAAGCUACUAUUAUGGGUCCUGGUGACUCUCCAUACUCGGGAGGCGUUUUCUUCCUAACAAUCCACUUCCCUACCGACUACCCAUUCAAGCCGCCUAAGGUCAACUUCACCACUCGUAUCUACCACCCCAACAUCAACUCAAACGGCAGUAUCUGUCUCGACAUUCUUAGAGAUCAAUGGAGCCCUGCUCUCACAAUCUCUAAAGUGUUGCUCUCUAUCUGUUCGAUGCUUACAGACCCCAACCCAGACGACCCAUUGGUGCCUGAAAUCGCGCAUGUGUACAAAACUGACCGCCCUCGGUAUGAAGCGACCGCCCGCGAAUGGACCCGGAAAUAUGCUAUCUGA